AUGUUAUACAAGAAGUAAUGGGCGGGACGAAUUUGAUCGAACUAGCGGUUGAUUUAUCUUUUAGUUUCAAUUGCAUCGAAGGUUCUUUAUUAUACUUACAUUUUUGUGGAAUUAAAAAUCGAAUCAAGAAUUAUGUGGUGAAGCUCGGUAAACAAUGGCGCAAUGAUGACAGCUUAACUGCAAGAUCCAUUACAAUGAAACGAAAUCAAAUUAAGCAGAUUGAUAUUUAUACUCUUGUUUAUUGCACACUAGUAAAAGUUUUCGUUCAUACAUAUUUCGCAUCACCAUUAAUAAUAAUAUUGAUCAAGAAGUUUUUACUUAAUAUUGAGGUUGACUACACCACGCCGUUCAAAUUUACAUUGCCCUUUGAUUACCAAAGUAAUGUGUUUAUAUUUGGUGGCGUUUAUUUGAUGGAUUACAUGAUCGCGUGCAAUAUAUCAUAUGUUGUAACCUGCAGUUUAUUCUUCAUAUCAGUAACUAUGAGCCAGUUACGGACAUUAUUUAUGUUAUUACAGGAAGAUAUAAGAGAAGUAAUAAAAUUGAAUAACGUGGACGUACAGAUAAAGCUAAUUGUUCAGAGACAUUCAGUGCUAUCAGAUUUGUUGAUUGAGAUGAGUGAUGCGUUUGGUGCUAUUUUCGCUAUCCACCUAGUCUUUCUGUCAGUUACAAUUUGCUUUUAUGGAAUCGCCGCAAGAAUUAACAGUAGACUGGAGGAUUUAAAGAAUUUUCUGAUUUCAGUAAUAACAACAAUCAAUAUUUACAAUUGCUGUAGACACGGUCAACUCGUCACGGAUUCGGCUUUAGAUAUUGCAACUGUAGCGUACGAUAGUGCUUGGGAGGAUCUAUCCUGUAAAAAUAAGAAGAUCAUUCUUCUUACAAUAUUAAGGUCACAGCAAGCUUCUUACAUUCGCUCCAUGAAAUGCUCUGAAAUUUCUUUUAAGACAUUUAUAACGGAGAGCCGACCCGUUACAACGACGGAGAUUUACAUUUGAAAUAGGCGUGAUACUCUUUUAUUUCGUAGCGUUUUAUUUUGCCUCCUAUUGUGACACCACUGAUUUAUAGAUAUUAUAAUUAUUUCCGAC